AUGUGGCCGCGUCACGAGCCCGCGCCUCGGGGUCUGAGGCUCUUUGGCGGUGUGCAGAGCCGCCUCCGCGCUACCCUGGUGAAGCGCGCCAAGUAUGGCGACGACGCCGGCGCUGAUGACAUGGACGCAGCCUUCGCGCGCAACGUCGCGGCCCGCAAGCGCUACAAGGGCAACGAGCUGGACCCUGAUGCGGAGUACGAUCACGACGGCGGCCUCGAGCUGUUUGAGGCCAAGAAGCGGCGCGGCGACGCGCAGCAGCAGGCCGCGAGGGACAAGGCGCGGCAGGUGGCCUCUUUCAACCGCCAGCAGAAGGCCGAGGACGCCUGCAACCACUGCUUCUCGUCCUCCCGCCGCCCCCGCCAUAUGACCAUCGCGAUCGGCCAGUCGACGUACCUCGCACUGGUCCCCAAGGGGCGGCUGUCGGAGGGGCACUGCUACAUCGCGCCCGCGGAGCACGUGGCCAGCAUGCGGCAGGUGGGGGGGCAGUUUGAUAGCGGUGCUGUUUGCGUCUAA